AUGUACUGCAUUCGAGGCAUUAAACAUAGCAGUGGCACACUGGCAUUUGACGGGGCCAGCAUACACAAGAAACCCGUUUUGGGGGUGGCAGUGAUGUCGCCUGGCCUGAAAAAGGCUAUUUCUGCUGGCGUUUACAAUCUAUCCGCGGUAAAAGCAGCAGGUGAAAGUAUAGGUACGCAAGUCCAAUGUGAUCUACUCCGUAUGGUAUUAGAUUCCUUGCCACAUCUUAAUAGUAUCGAGAUUGUUGUCUACUCUACAGGCACGGCCAGUGAAUGCUUAGAACCCGCGGUUACAAUGAAACAACGACGCCCAUACAUCAACUACUGUCCCGAUCUUGCACAUGUGGUCAAUAUCAUGUUCAAGGAUCUUUGUAGUAUUAUCGAAGAGAUCAAAGAGUGGUUGAACAAAGUGGAUAUAAUAUGCAAGUAUUUCAAUAGCAGCCACUUUAUGACAACCUACCUAGCUAAAUUGACUGCUAGGAUGAACGAUGGCAGAAGCUUGGACCAGUCGAUUCGCAUAUCGCGUCACUAG